AUGGCAGUUAAGGAGGAAGUUGUUGGUAAACAGGCUGUCUCAUCGCACACUGUUGCAGCAAAUGAGUUCGACUUGGACGAAAAACAGCAACCUGAAGUCCUCAAUGAGUAUGGCCUUCCAGAUAAAUUAAGGUUCACCAGAUCACUAGUGCUAAGAAAGACGGAGAUUUUGGCUCAGCAGUACGAUACCUGGUACUGGAAAGCUGUGCUCUUGUUUUCUGUGUUUCUAUGUUCGUACGGUUAUGGAUUGGAUGGAUCUGUCAGAAGCGUGUACACUACGUAUGCUACCAAUUCAUACAGCACGCAUUCGUUACUCUCUACGAUUAGUAUCAUCAACUUAGUGAUCGGUGCAUCGGCACAGGUCUUCUUUGCCAGAUUAUCUGACGUUUUUGGCCGUUUGACGUUGUUAAUCGUUGCAACGGUGUUUUAUUCAGUGGGAACUAUCAUCCAGUCUCAGGCUUAUGAUGUUCAGAGGUACGCCGCUGGUGCAGUGUUCUACAAUGUGGGUCUCGUGGGUGUUGUGUUGCAAGUGAUCUUAAUCCUAUCCGAUUUCUCUUCGUUGAGAUGGAGACUAUUCUACACCUUUGUCCCAUCCUGGCCCUUCAUAAUCAACAUGUGGGUAUCAGGUAACGUUGUCAAUGCCGCAAAUCCACUGGAAAACUGGUCUUGGAGCAUUGGUAUGUGGGCGUUUAUAUUCCCGCUCACAUGUUUGCCAUUGGUAUGUUGCAUCUUGCACAUGAGAUACAGGGCCAGUAAGACUGAAGCUUGGAGGCACUUGCAACUCGAAAAGACUUACUAUCAAUCGCAUGGUUUACUGCAAACCCUAAUCCAAUUGUUCUGGAAGCUAGAUGUGGUCGGUGUACUCUUGCUCACAGUGACCUUGGGCUGUAUCCUAGUACCAUUGACACUAGCUGGGGGAGUGUCUCAAAAGUGGAAUAACCCUCACGUGAUUGCACCUUUCGUGCUAGGUUUCGUGCUAUUGCCAAUAUUCGUGGUAUGGGAAUCGAAAUGGGCAUUGGACCCCAUCGCUCCUUUUGAGUUGUUGAAGGACCGUGGUGUGUGGUCUGCCUUAACGAUCCAGUUCUUAAUUUACUUUGUUUACCAGAUGGCCGUUGGUUACUUGUAUACUAUCUUAGUGAUUGCUGUGGAUGAAUCGACAACGUCAGCGACAAGAAUUACCAGUGUUUACAGUUUCACCGCAGCUGUAGCAUCACCUUUCUUUGCCUUGGUUGUGACUAGGUCGAAGCGAUUGAAACCAUACAUUAUCACUGGGUGUUCCUUGUGGAUGGUAGCCAUGGGUAUCCUUUAUCAUUUCAGAAGUGGUAAGGAUUCAGACAAAGGUAUCAUUGGAGGUUUAGUGUUAUGGGGUUUAACCAGUACCUUAUUCACGUACCCGGUGACUGUGUCCUUACAAUCAAUCACCUCCCAUGAAAACAUGGCCUCAGUAACCGCGUUGAACUAUACAAUUUACAGAAUAGGUGGUGCCGUUGCGUCUGCAGCAUCUGGUGCCAUUUGGACGCAGCUGUUGUACAAGAAAUUAUUAAAGGAAAUGAAUGGUGAUGCUACUUUAGCUACUGCCGCCUAUGGAAGUCCUUUUGAUUUCAUUUUAGAUUACCCAUGGGGUACCCCAAUGAGAGAUGCUAUGGUCGAAUCAUACCGUUACGUGCAGAAAUAUGAGGUGUUGGUGGCUCUAAUAUUCACUGUGCCUAUGUUCAUACUUUCCAUGUUUUUAAGAGAUCCACCAUUGACUGAUGACCAGGCUCAGGAGAACCUAAAAGAAGGUGAGUACAUCAACACAGAACAUGACGACCCGAUCUUAGCUUGGAUGGACGACAAGUGGACCCGUAUCACUGGUGGAAAGAAGGUGGAAUGA